AUGGCGCUGUUUCGCCUUCUCCGCAGCUCCGCUGGGUUUGUGUGCUGCCCAGGAUGGCGACAACAAGAGGAGGAGUGCCCAGUCGCCGUGUGCGAGGGCAACUUCACCUGCGCGGACAACGAGGUGUGCGUGAGGCCGAACGAGUGUCGCUGUCGCCAUGGCUAUUUCGGGGCCAACUGCGAAACCAAGUGUCCCCGGCUGUUCUGGGGCCCGGACUGCAAGGAGCUCUGCCACUGCUACCCCAACGGGCAGUGCGAGGACGUGACGGGCCAGUGCACGUGCCACGCCAACCGCUGGGGGCCCAAGUGCGAGAACGGCUGCCUCUGCAAGCACGGGAAAUGCGACCAGAAGACGGGCAAGUGCUCCUGCGAGCCGAACUGGUGGGGGCCCCAGUGCUCCAGUGCCUGCUACUGCAGCCUCAACUCCCAGUGCGACCAGAGGCCCGCCCCUUGCCUCGGCCAGCCGGGCUGGUGGGGCCGCCCCUGCAACAACCAGUGCGCCUGCAGCAGCUCGCCCUGCGAACAGUUCACGGGGCGCUGCCAGUGCCGCGGCCGCACCUUCGGCCCCCGCUGCGACCGCUACUGCCAGUGCCACAUGGGGAAGUGCAACCAGGUCGACGGGACCUGCACCUGCGAGCCCGGCUACCGGGGCAAGUUCUGCCGCGAGGCCUGUCCGGCCGGCUUCUACGGACAGGGCUGCAGGAGACGGUGCGGUCAGUGCAAGGAGCUGCAGCCGUGCACAGUUGUGGAUGGCCGUUGUCUGGCCUGCGAGGCAGGUUGGAAUGGCACCAGAUGUGACCAGAUCUGCUCCCCGGGCUUCUAUGGAGAGGGCUGUGAGCAGACCUGCCCUCCCUGCAAGGAUGGCCACACCUGCAACCAUAUCAACGGCAAGUGUUCCCAUUGCAAUCCUGGCUGGAUCGGAGACAGGUGUGAGACCAAAUGUCGCAAUGGGACGUACGGGGAGAACUGUGCUUUUGUCUGCACCAGCUGUUUCAACGGGGCGUGCCACUUCGAGACCGGGAGGUGCCUCUGCCGGGCCGGGUUCCACGGGACAUUCUGCAACCUCACCUGCCCAACUGGCCACUACGGUGCCAACUGUGUCGAGCUGUGCAAUUGUCACGAGGACUCCUGCAACCCCUUCACCGGCAUGUGCCACAUGGAGGCCAAUCAGCGGAUGGGAGUCAUUGGCGCCGGAGUUCUCCUGAUCUUGCUGCUCAGCCUCCUGCUCUCGCUGUUGUCCUGCUGCUGCAUUUGCCGCAAGAAGGACGAGGCCCAGGACACAAACCAGGACUUGGCUCGCAAAAAGUCUUCAAGGCACCUUUGUGGACAGUUCAGCCAAAUCAGCCUGAAGCUGCCCCGGAUCCCCCUUCGCCGUCAGAAGCUGCCAAAAGUUGUAGUGGCUCAUCAUGACUUGGAGAACACCCUGAACUGCAGCUUCAUCGAACCUCCCUCCGUGGUAGACCAGCCGUCGCCCUCCUGGUCGUCCAGGGGCUCCUUCUCUUCCUUCGAUACCACAGACGAAGGACCCGUCUACUGCGUGCCCCACGAAGAGAGCGUGAGCGAGAGCAAGGACCGCGUCUCCGCCCCGUGCAGCACCUUGGAGAAGACACCGCGGCCCGUCCACGAGGCGGCGGCGGCAGCGGAGGAGGAGGCCGGCGAGUACACCGUCCUGAAGGAGGCCCCCCUGGUCCCGGCGGACAGCAGCGAGACCCCGCUGCUCAAGUCCUCGGACAGCGAGCGCUCCUCCUGCGGCUCCGGGUCGGCCAGCGGGGCGCUCUACGCCCGCAUCGCGCGCCUCUCCAAGCAGUCCAGAGAGGAGGACGACCUCUGCCUCGUCUUGGUCUUUGGGCCCCGUUUCCCGGUGGCCCAUUUUCCUCCACCAGCUCCAGCUUUCUCUCCUGAAGCACUUAAUGGGAAACGUUGGGCUUUCAGCACCCACCGUGUGUCCUGGACCCGCUGCUCCAAGCCACAAGGAGUCAAUUGCAGUCCCUUUGCUUCAGGCAGUCGCAUUCCCAACGGGAGCAGUUUGAUGGCGGGCUGGAAACUGGGAGGCCAGGAGUUCUGGCCCGCCUGA